AUGUUUUUCUUCUUCAUAGGUUUAAGACCCAUGAACAGGUCAGCAACACACAUUCACACUGUGACUGAGUUUGUUCUCCUGGGAUUCCCUGGUUGCUGGGAGAUACAGGUUUUCCUCUUCUCACUCUUUUUGGUGGCUUAUGUCUUGAUCCUGCUGGGGAAUGGAGCCAUUAUCUGUGCAGUAAGAUGGGACCCACGACUGCAUACCCCAAUGUACUUUCUGCUGGGAAACUUUGCCUUCCUUGAGAUCUGUUACUCUUCCUCCACUGUUCCUAACAUGCUAGCCAACAUUCUCUCCAAAACCAAGGCCAUCUCAUUUUCUGGCUGCUUCCUCCAGUUCUACUUCUUCUUUUCCCUGGGCACAACUGAAUGUCUCUUCUUAGCAGUAAUGGCUUAUGAUCGGUACCUGGCCAUCUGCCACCCACUGCACUACCCCACCAUUAUGACUGGGAAACUCUGUAGAAUUCUGGUGUCUCUCUGCUGGCUUACUGGAUUCCUUGGCUACCCAAUCCCCAUUUUCUUCAUCUCCCAACUCCCCUUCUGUGGAUCCAAUAUCAUUGAUCACUUCCUGUGUGACAUGGACCCACUAAUGUCUCUGUCUUGUGCUCCAGCCCCCAUUACUGAAUUUAUUUUCUAUACUCAGAGCUCCCUUGUUCUCUUUUUUACUAUUAUGUACAUUCUUCGAUCCUAUACCUUGUUGCUCAGAGCCGUCUUUCAGGUCCCUUCUGCAGCUGGCCGGAAAAAGGCCUUUUCUACCUGUGGUUCUCAUUUAGUUGUGGUGUCUCUUUUUUAUGGGACAGUCAUGGUGAUGUAUGUGAGUCCUACAUAUGGCGUCCCAACUUUGAUGCAGAAGAUCCUGACACUGGUAUAUUCAAUAAUGACUCCUCUCUUUAAUCCUCUGAUCUAUAGUCUUCGUAAUAAGGACAUGAAACUUGCCCUGAGAAAUAUCCUAUCUAGAAUGAGAAUUAGUCAAAAUUCUUAA